AUGGAAGCGAUUGAGGGGUCUUAUAGCGUAUGCGCGGGGAAGUCAAGCGCCGCGGAGGAUGUCGCAUACAACACACGGAACGUGCAAAUGGAGGAGAAACUUCUCGAUGAGGUCUGGACUAUGUUCUCGACUAAACAAGCGAGGUUUUACCUACCAGGUAACUGGGUGCAACAAAAAGGCGAUUUAGUCACCGGAUUAAGUUCUCGUUUUCCGACUCGCUCACUAGAGCCACCGUCGUAUGACCAGCCUCCGCCUUCAUACGACGAUGUGAUUCAUGAUCUCCCUCCCGAAUACUCCGCACUGCCUCCACUUGCCCAGCGCAAAUUGACAGCUGUUUCCCUCGUGCCGAAUACUCGUGAAAAAUCGCGUAAACCGUCAUCCUCGCUGCUGAAAGAUCGUAUGCUGGAUGUACGCAUUGAUUUUGAGAAUCCUACGGGUGUUCGGGAACAUAAGAAGAAAAAGCCCGCGGUAGCAAAGAAAGCAGCAGCGCCUCCUUCCCCCCCUCCUCCACCGCCACCACCAGCAGGCGGGGAUGGUGGAGGAGACGACAAUUCCAAUGGUGACGGUGGGGGUGCUGGUGAUUCGGGCGGCGCUGGAGGCGGCGACGGAGGAGAUGGUGGUGAUGAUUGGGGUGACUGGAAUGUGAGCGGAAAGAAGGAUAAGAAGAAGAAACUGGAGGAGGAAGAGGAAGAAAGAAAAUCCAAGGAAGAAGAAGAGAGAAUCGCUAAGGAAGAGGAAGAGAGACAAGCUAAGGAGGAGGAAGAACGAAAGGCCGCUGAAGCCUCUGCUGCCAAAGAUCUUAGCUGGGCUGAGGACGCCGGUGGAGGUGGGGGCGAUGACUCGUGGGCUUCCUUCACGAAUGUAGGAAAAAAGAAGAAAGGAAAGGACGAAGCACCGCCUGGGGGGUUCCAGGACAUAAGUCUGGAUAACGGCGCACCGCAAUUGGACUUGAACUUCGAUAGUCCGGCUCCCAAGACCGGCGGAACUGGGUUUAGUUUCGGGGGAUGGGGUAAAGACUGGAAUACCGGUGGCAAACUUGAUCCUCUUGGAGAUCCUCCUCCCAACGACGAAUCCAAGGAUAACAACCCCUGGGGAGCAACAUCCAAGAAGAAAACAUCACAGACAGGCGACUUCGAUUUUGACUUGGGGUCCGCACCCGCCGAAACCAAGCAAGAGGAUGACUGGGGAGGAGGUUGGGAUGCUAGCAAAGAUGAAAAGAAGGGGACGGAGCCCGAACCCGAGGCUCCUGCGCCUCCACCUGCGCCUGCACCCAGAGUCGAUUUCACGCAGGAAGCCUGGUAUCUCAAUCUCUCCAAGAGAGAGCAGCGUAAAGCGAAGAAGGAGAUGGAGAAGAAAUGGAAAGACGAGGAUGAAGCUGCAGCAAAGGAGGCAGCAGAGCAGGAAGCAGCCAGAGCCGAAGCUGAGGCAGAGGCUGCGGCUGCGGCUGCAGCUGCAGCUGUACCUGAACCCGAACCUGAACCGGUGGUCGAGGAGACUCAAAAGCCACCCGAGGGUGAUAAUGACUGGGGUUGGGGUGUUCCAGUGAAGUCCAAAGAUAAGAAGAAGAAGAAGAUUGACCUUUUAGCUGAUCCGGUGCCUAUCAUCGAUGAGCCGCCAGUGAAAGCAAAAGAGCCAGUUGAUGUUUUUGCCGCCUGGGGAGUUACCCCAAAGGACAAGAAGAAAAGCAAAGGCAAAGCUGAGCCAGUACCGGAGCCAGAACCUAUUCCGGAACCCGAACCCGAGCCUGAGCCUGAGCCUGAGCCUGAGCCUGAGCCUGAACCCGAGGCGCCAAAGGUGCCUGAUGAGCCCCUAUACGAAAAUUGGCGAGAGAUAUCGUCUAAAGAACGCAAGAAGCGAGAAAAACAAUUGAUGCGCAAGGGCCUUCCCAUUCCUGGCAAGGACUUCGAGCUCCCGUCCGACAAGCCGCCUGAAGAAGUGCCUGAACCGGUUGUUGAACCGGAACCGGAACCGGAACCAGUGCCUGAGCCUGAACCUGAACCUGAACCGGAGCCAGAGCCAGAGCCAGAACCGGAGCCUGAACCUGAGAAACCGGCCGAAGAGGACUCCUGGGGCAUUUGGGGGCCAGCAAAGGACAAGAAAAAGAAGAAAAAGGGCAAGGAUAUUGAAGAACCUCCCCCACGUGCGCCGACACCUCCUGCUCAGGGCCUGACCCCAGAGCCGGAAGCUUUCCACGACAAUGCCGACGACAUUUGGGCGGAGCUAGCCCCUAAGACCUCGAAAAAGACCACGAAAGCCAUCGAACCGCCCAAAGAGGAAAAAGCGUCUAAAGGCUUCUGGUCGAGCCUGACUGGGGGUUCUACGAGCAAAACCAAAUCAACUAAGAAAGCGAAAGAAAAGGAACCUGAGCCUAUAGAAGAGGAAGACCUGCUUAUUGAUGUUGGCGACAAUCCUCCAGAGCCUGAGCCUGAACCAGAGGCAGAGCCUGAACCUGAACCGGAACCGGAACCAGUGCCUGAACCCGAACCUGAGCCUCCUGCCCCCGAAAAGGUAUCUAAGUCUAAGGCUUCCAAGCUCAGUGUUGCUGAACGAAUCAAGGCCCUGGAGCAGGCCAAGAAAGAGAAGGCAAAGGCAGAAAAAGCUAGCUCGAAGAGCAAAUCCAAGGAAAAGAAGGUCGAACCGGAACCGGAACCAGAGCCAGAGCCUGAACCUCCUGUAGAGGAGCCUGCUCCAACGAAGAAGAGUUCAAAAUCCAAGUCUAAGACAGCGGAAGCUCUUGAGUUUGAAGAAAGGAAAGUUUCCAAGGACUCUGUUCCUGGAAGCUUCCCAGACUUUGGAGAUGAUCCCGAGCCUGAACCUGAACCUGAACCCGAGCCAGAGCCUGAACCAGAACCAGAACCAGAGCCCGAACCGGAACCGGAACCUGAGCCACCGGCCCCAGAUCUUUCAAAAAUGACGAAAAAGGAACUCAAGAAGUAUAAAAAGGCUGAAGCCGAGAGAGCCGCAGCUGCAGCCGCAGCGGCGGCUGCCAGGGAGCCAACACCACCACCUCCCGAAGAUACACGUGAGAUAGAACCGGAGCCGGAACCAGAGCCAGAGCCAGAACCAGAACCAGAACCAGAACCGGAGCCAGAGCCUGAGCCCGAACCUGAAGCCGAAGUUCUAGAAGAGAACGAGGAAGAUGCUCCACCCAUUCCUCCGCCGGAGCCUGCCGAAGAGCCUCCAAAACCUUCCAAGAAGGAGCGAGCGCGCGCUGAACGGAAUACGAACACCUCUUCAUGGGGCGGCUUUUGGGGGGGCCCGCCGCCCCCAAAGAAGUCGAGUAAGAAGGAAAACAAGAUUCAGGAGGAAGCAGAACCUCCAAAGAAGUUGAAGAAGGAACCCAAGGUCCAAGAGGAAGUGGAAGCCCCAAAGAAGUUGAGUAAGAAGGAAAACAAGAUCCAGGAGGAAGUAGAACCUCCAAAGAAAAAAGAGUCUACUCGAAAAUCUCGACCUAAAGACCCCGAACCAGAAGUGGAAAGGUCUUCUGCAUCUGACCGGGAAAAGCGACGAGAGCGAGAGGGGCGCUUGUCGAAGAACCAACGUGGCGUGGCCUUGGCCAACAUGGUACUGGGUACACCCCAGUCCAAAAGCAAAUCGACUCGCAAACCUGGUUCUUCGUCGAAACCCGUAUCUAGGCGUCCAUCAGUUGAUAUAGACGACAAAACUGCCGAUCUAGCACCUCCGGAUGAGAAGCCUGAGGUUUCCGACAAAGCAGCCAAGCUGAUGGGCAUGGAUCCUUCCAAGUCUCGACGUGAGCGCCCGCGCAUGGACAGACGGAAAUCAGUUCGAGAUCCGUAUGCGAUCGAGGAUGAUGACCUCGUUAUGGUUGACAUGGAGGAUGCCGAGGGUCACUCACCCAGGGAGGGCUCCAAGGGCUCAAGGAGCAAGUCAAAGAGACAGUCGCGCCCCAGACCUGACGACGAGGACGACGCUGUCAUGGUUGAUCCAUAUCAAGCAAAUCCCCCGCAGAUGUAA